AUGACGAAGGAGCUGCUAAGCGCGUUUGGGCAAACGCUGACGGACAGGGAGCGGACGACCACCGCCCUCGUUAGCGGCCUCCAGGACAAGGUGGGCGCCGCAGAGUUGGGUGUUAUCGCCAGAAAGGGGUGCAUACGCCCCGCUAUUCUUGUAGAUGAGGUGAUCGGGGUUGGAAGCGGCGGAGCUCUUCAAGCGGAGGCUCGGCGCCAGCUACGGCGACCUCCUGCGCCUCGUCGCCGAGGACCGCGAGUCGGCGCUGAGGGCCGUGGACGCGGAGCGCGACGCCAAACUCUCGGCGGUCCGGCGCGACAUCGGGAGGUGCGCCGAGGUGCUGGGCAGCCUCCGGGAGACGCUGGGCAGGAUCGGCGACCUGGAGCGGACCCGGGACGACGCGGAGUUCCUCCAGGGCCUCAAAGACAAUUGGCAGAGGUUCAUGAAUUUGCUGAACGAGCACCUGGAACACCCUCCGAGCGCGCCGGUCGAGUUCGCGACCGCGGGCCGACUGCAGCAGCGGAUAGACGAGAUCCUGAGCCUCUUCGCAGCUUCCAGGCGAGCCGCGCCUUCUCUGCCCGAGCCGCCCCGGGCGGCAAAAGCGGCGGAGGGGACGCCAGGAGUAGGGGGAGGAGCAGCGCCCCUUCCAUCCCCAGCCACGCUUCCAGCUCCGUCCCCUGCUCUGACCCCAGCUCCGUCCUCAGCUCCACUCCCAUCUCCGUCCACAGCUCCACUCCCAUCUCCGUCCACAGCUCCACUCCCAUCUCCGUCCUCAGCUCCACCCCCAGCUCCGUCCUCAGCUCCACUCUCAGCUCCGUCCUCAGCUCCACCCCCAUCUCGGUCCUCAGCUCCACUCCCAUCUCCGUCCUCAGCUCCACUCUCAGCUCCGUCCUCAGCUCCACUCCCAUCUCCGUCCUCAUCUCCACCCCCAGCUCCGUCCUCAGCUCCACCCCCAGCUCCGUCCUCAGCUCCACUCCCAUCUCCGUCCUCAUCUCCACCCCCAGCUCCGUCCUCAGCUCCACCCCCAGCUCCGUCCUCAGCUCCACCCCCAGCUCCGUCCUCAGCUCCACUCUCAGCUCCGUCCUCAGCUCCACCCCCAGCUCCGUCCUCAGCUCCACCCCCAGCUCCGUCCUCAGCUCCACUCCCAUCUCCGUCCUCAGCUCCACUCCCAUCUCCGUCCUCAGCUCCACUCCCAUCUCCGUCCACAGCUCCACUCCCAUCUCCGUCCUCAGCUCCACCCCCAGCUCCAUCCUUAGCUCCACUCCCAUCUCCGUCCUCAGCUCCACUCCCAUCUCCGUCCUCAGCUCCACUCCCAUCUCCGACCACAGCUCCACUCUCAGCUCCGUUCACAGCUCCACUCUCAGGUCCGUCCACAGCUCCACUCUCAGCUCCGUCCACAGCUCCCUCUCCAGCCACGCUCUCGGCAAUGCAGGAGCCAGAACCAGCACCACCUCGAUCCACCACUGCGGCGCCUGGACACUGCGCACGGAGCGACGUCUCGCUGGUUUGCCCCACCAAGGCCGAAUUGAUACGGAAAUAUGGCUGCUCUCCUUGUCUGAACCCGGACUCGGCUCACCGGUGGCUUUGUGUGUCCGAGGACCGGAGGACGGUGAAGAUGAAUCUCAACCAGAAGCCGCCCGACCGGCCGGACCGGUUCGAAACUCAUCAGCAGGUCCUGGGCUCUGACGGCUUCUCGUCCGGACGCCAUUACUGGGAGGUGGACGUGAGCAAAGCCAAGUGGUGGCGCGUGGGUGCCGCGUACGAGACGAUCCCACGAAAAGGCAAAGCUAAGGGGAAUAGGCUGGGGGAGAACCCCGUGUC